AGCGGAAGUGGGGCGGCCUCGGCGGGGGAGGGCCUCGGGCCGGCCGGGCCGGGCAGCCCCGCGAGGCGCGUCCCUGGCGCUCCCCCUCCCGCCCGUCCCCCGCCAUGCCCCGAUACUGCGCAGCCUCCUGCUGCAAGAACCGGGGCGGCCAGAGCGCCAGGGACCAGCGCAAGCUCAGCUUCUACCCGUUUCCGCUUCAUGAUAAAGAAAGGCUUGAGAAAUGGUUGCGGAAUAUGAAGCGUGAUGCAUGGACUCCCAGUAAGCAUCAGCUCCUGUGCAGUGACCACUUUACCCCUGACUCCCUCGAUGUGCGAUGGGGUAUACGAUACUUGAAACAAACUGCAGUACCGACUAUUUUCUCUUCACCAGAUGAUCAGGAAAAAGAUUCUUCUCAGCACAGCCCACAGAUAGAAAGAGAGAUUAAAAACAAAACCAACAUGAGCAAAGAGAUGGAUAAUGUGACUGCAUCUCCUGAACCUUGUGCAGCAAAGAAAAAUAUUGCAAUUACAGAAAGUCUAGAUGAAAAAGCAGAAGCAAUUUGCUCAGCCUUGAGCAAACCUCUACAGAAAAAGCAAGCUCACCUUCAGAACAGAGAAAACAUGCAAGAAGACAGCAUCUCUCUCAACUCACCUGAACAUAUUCACCAAACCAAACCUGUUUUGAUGGCAGCGACAGUCCAGAACAUAGAAGCUAGCAUUGCUCAUACCUCUAUAGAGAAUCCAUUAAGUUGUACAGCUACAGUUUUGCAAGUUGCAGAUCCUAAAUACUUGGAUUCAUCUUUAAAAUUUCAAAACACAGUUGGAACAGUUGCUGAUUAUCCAACUGAGCACCCCAACUCACAUAUGGCAGGCUGUUCUGUGGAAGUACAGCCAUCAAGUGAAAAUGCAGUUUUAUUCAGUACAAUCACACAAACUAUUGAACAACUUAAUGGAAAUGAAGAAUCUGUUAUUGCUAUCAUUGUACCAGCUGAGAGUUCAAAAGAGUCUGAGAUGGUAAAUACUUCUUUCAUGCCUAUUAAACAGGAGUUCAUUGACAUGGAAGAAAUAGAAACUGAAAAAUCUGUAUAUAUAAGCAAUUUUGGGGGAACUGAAGUAUUACAAACUGAGCAUUCUUAUUGCAAACAAGACAUAGACAGAGAUCAUCUCUGGCAAAAAAUUGCAAAGCUGCAUUCUAAGAUAACACUCCUUGAAAUGCAGGAGAUAAAAACUUUAGGUAGGCUCAGGUCCCUGGAAGCUCUCAUUGGACAGCUAAAGCAGGAAAAUCUUCUUUCAGAAGAAAAGCUCAAGAUUGUAGAAAACUGCUUCACAACAUUUGAAGUGACUAUGAUACAAUAAAAGCUUUAAAUGGCAUGGCUUUAUCAUGGCAUUUUUCAGCCUCUUUGACUAUCCUUCUGUAUAAAGUAACCCUAGUUUCUGUGAUAUUUUAAUGAUAAAAUUCAAAAGUGCUUGUGUAACAGGUUCUUAAGAGUUGUCACCCACUCAGCCAAAGCCUAGUGAUAAGCUACUGCCCACAAACAUGAAUCAUAGCCAAACAAAUUUAAAUGAAAUUAUUUGAAAUACAAAGUGGAAUAAAAACGAGGGAAACUUUCCCAGAUGCAAGCUUAUCUGAAAUAUGUACGCCUUAGUUUAGACAACUGUGCAAGUUAAGUUGUAAGCACAGCUGUGUAGGACAAACAAUAAUACAAGAGUAACUCAACUUGCCCCAUUCUUUCACACCAAUAGAAACUGGUUAGAGUUACUGCUUCUUCAGCAUUGUUCAUUGAGGCCAUAGUUGCCGUUUAUCUCCUCUUUCAUCAUUAAUUCUAGUGGCUUUUUGUACAGCUUGACCUGAUUAAAAUUUAUGUUUCUAUAAUAAAUGCAGUUUGUCCUCU